AUGGUCGAGAUCGACAUCCUCAACUCAUUGGAGAGGAAUGGCAUGACCAAUCAGAACUUUCACUGCGUAAGACUCUUACAUUGGUUCCGACACAAGGAUCAUAUCUGCCUUGUGUUCAAGAGAUACGGUCUGAGUCUAUACGACUUCCUCAAGAAGAACCAUAAUAAGCCACUACCUCUGUCGCAUAUCCAGAGGAUAUCAAAGCAACUUCUUACCGCCAUCCACACGAUGCACAAGAUAUCCUUGAUUCAUACCGACUUGAAGCCAGAGAACAUCCUGCUGGAGAACUCAAACUAUACGGUGUCGGACACAAUGAUGCCCAUUCAGUGUCCGGACCAGGCCGUGCCAACCAGCACCACGGACAACAAUAGUGCGGGCCCCGCUAGAGCAGAGAGCAGCAAGAGUAGAGGGGACCGCGUAGAUGGCUCCGAGUACUACCAUCUGGACCAGACAGACAUUGUGCUGAUCGACUUUGGCGGUGCAACCUUUGACUACAAGCACCACACGUCUGUGGUGUGCAGCAGGCCAUACCGUCCACCCGAGAUCAUCCUGGGCUACGAUUGGUCCUAUCCCUGCGACCUGUGGGGUGUGGGCUGCAUCCUUGUCGAGCUCUACAUUGGCUCCACACUCUUUGACACGCACAACAACCGUCAACAUCUUGCGAUGAUGGAAAAAGUGAUUGGACCAUUGCCCCAGAGCAUGACUAUCGAUUCAAAGAAGUACUAUCCAGGUGGUGAUUCAUGUCUUCAUUGGAAGACAGAUGAACUUGAUAACAAGAGUAUUGAGAAGGUGUACACUUUGAAGCAACUCAAUACCUACUUCCACCCGGAUCAUAAUAUGUUCCUUGAUCUGGCAUCGAAACUCUUGGAGUACCACCCCGCCAAGAGGAUAUCAGCGCGGGAGGCACUGAACCACCCAUUCUUUACCCAGAACAUCAUCAACGAUUUGUUUUGUUAUAGA